UUUAGGGUAUAAUUAAAGGACAAUCUGUGUAAUUUACUCUAAAAAGUUUUAGUAGGAAAAGACUAAAAUGUCCCUCAUGAGAGGGGCAUGUGACCAGGAUUUAACAGUUGAAUUGGAUGACGUUAGGGGCGGGAAGUGAAAUAGAGAUAAGCUUCAUAGAUCAGGGAGUAAAAUGUCCGUUUUUAAAUGUUUGGGGCAAAACCGUUAAAGUGGCCAACCCACAGGGAGCAAAAUGGAAGUUUACUCAUUAAUCUUUCCUCCGUUAUCACCUAACUUUUAUAUAUCACAAAUCUUGAACCGGGGAUCGAAUUCGUCAAUUAAAGUUUAGCAGGUGUUAAUUGGAAAUGGAAAUCGCCAGAAUGGAGAUCGAUCUAGGGAUUAUAUCUUCAACAAUUUUGGUUCCAAGACAUUGAUGGCGCUGUUCAAACGCUUAGUUUCCAUGAGGCCACCGGAUGGACUCAUUGAGAUGUCUGAGAAAGUUUACCUUUUCAAUUGCUGCAUCUCAACUAAAGUACUUAAAGAAGAUGAGUACAAGGUCUACAUGGCUAGCACUGUGGCAGAUCUUCAAGCCCGUUAUUCCGGCUUAUCUUUCAUGGUUUUUAACUUUAAAGAAGGUGACACAAGGACCCAAAUAUCAGACAUAUUAUCCCAGUACGAUAUGACGGUAAUGGAGUACCCUCAGCAAUAUGAAGGGUGCCCAAUCUUACCACUACAAGUGAUUCAUCACUUUUUGAGACGUAGUGAAAGCUGGCUCUCGGUAGAGGGUCAACAAAACGCGCUUCUAUUGCACUGUGAAAGGGGCGGGUGGCCUGUGCUUGCAUUUAUGCUUGCAGCUCUGGUUUUAUUUAGAAAACAAUAUAGUGGCGAACAAAAGACUCUUGAAAUAUUCUAUAAAUUUGUUCCUAGAGAGCUUCUUCGUCUUUUAACACCUUUUAAUUCGCAACCUUCUCAACUGAGGUAUCUUCAGUACAUAUCCGGGAGAAAUUUGGGUUCUGAUUGGCCGUCAUCAGACACAUUGUUAGAUUUGGAUUGUAUCAUACUUAGAUUUCUUCCUUUGUUUGGUGAAAAGGGUUGUAGACCUGUAAUUCGAAUCUAUGGUCAAGAUUCAUCUUCAUCAACAACCAAUAUGGGCUCUACGCUUUUGUUUACAUCCCCCAAAACCGAAGAACAAGCCCACUACUAUCAACCAGACGAGUGUAAAUUGGUGAAAAUCGAUAUUCAUCAGCGUGUUCAAGGAGAUGUGGUACUUGAAUGUAUACAAUUGGACGAUGUUAGGGAGGAAAUGAUAUUUAGAGUAAUGUUUAACACGACAUUUGUGCGAAAUAAUGUGCUUAAAUUGAGUUUAGAUGAAGUUGAUGUUAUGUGGGAUGCAAGAGAUCAGAUGCCAAAGAAUUUUGAAGCAGAGGUAUGCUUUGAAAACAAGAAUGAAGAGUUUUUUGACGUAGAAGAGAUUUUUAGUGACACGGUUGAUGCGCAAGAUGGUCUUUUACCGAAAUAAAUUAAGGUGGAUGCUGAAAAUGGUGAUAUAGUCUUGAAGGAAGAAUCAAAGACUAGAUGAAAAUGCUUCUCUCCCAAGGGUCUUCUUUAACGCCUAGUUUUCUUUAGCGUGUUAUUUUUUUCUUUUUCUUUUUUUUUAAAGUUGUGAAUAAAGAUCGCAUGAAAGUAUAUGUUUCUAAGUAUAUAUCUCUAU